AUUGUGUGUUUAUGCACAUAUACAAGGUAAUUUCCAGUAAGUUAUCAUUCGUCUUAGAUAGUUGGGUAAGAGUGGUCGUGUUCAAGAAAAUGCAUUUCAAUAUUUUAUUUUUUGUUUUAAUUUUAAAUAUUAUUCGAUCAUCGCAACUGUUGGACUCUGAUAAUAAUUACGAAUUGGUACCAGUAAUGAAUCCCAUGGCUGGAAACGCACCAUUUUUCGAGCUUCCAUGCAUGAUCGUUGGAGGUACUUGCGCCAAACCGAUGUAUUGCCCAGAUGGCACUAGAGUGGGCACAAAGGGUCUGUGUCCAGUUCAACAGCCGCAAGGCAUGGAGUGCUGCCGACCAAGCACACACGACAUAACCUGUCAUUCAAAAGGGGGUGAGUGCGUUUCAGACCAUUACAAAUGUCCACGACUGUUACGAGUGAAAGAGGCAAAUGAUUGUGGCGUCGGAAAUACAUGUUGUGCAUUCAUCUGAAUAAAUGUUUCUUUGAA